AUUUCGACCUGUUUUACCUACACGAGUUCCCAGACGUUUAUUUCAUCCUGAAAUGUACUAAAAUAAUAUGCGGCUAAAGCUAAAGCUAAAAGUAAUACAGUGGACGAGACUGUCGCGGUGGUAGAUCGUCUUGUGGCCUUUGUGCUUGCAUCACUAAGAAGACGUUUAUUAAAAAUAAUUGUGCCAGUGAAAUUGUGAUAAGUCUGGGCGGAACAUUUUCAAAAUUCAAAGAAAUGGCAGAAAGUCGAGGAUCUUUAUUGGCCAAGUCGGUACAGAAACAUGCAGGAAGAGCAAAAGAAAAGAUCUUGCAAAACUUAGGAAAGGUCGAUAGGACAGCGGACGAAAUAUUCGACGAACACCUACAAAACUUCACUAGACAACAGAACGCUGCGAAUAGAAUACAAAAAGAGUUUAAUAAUUACAUAAGGUGUAUAAGAGCCGCACAGGCAGCUUCAAAAUCUCUGUUGGAAGCGAUCGGCGAAACAUACGAGAGUCAAUGGACUGGACAUGAUUUGCUGUACGUUCAAACGCAAUCGGUAGAUAUGCUAUGGCAAGAUUUUAGCCACAAGUUAGCCGACCAAGUACUUUUGCCGUUGAAUACUUAUCAGAGUCAGUUCCCGGAGAUGAGGAAAAAAAUCGACAAAAGGGGUAGGAAAUUGGUAGAUUAUGACAGUCAAAGGCACAGUUUCCAAGCUCUUCAAACGAACAUGAAAAAGAGGGAUGAUGCCAAGAUCGCCAAGGGUCGGGAACAGUUAGAAGAGGCCAAACGAACAUACGAAAUGUUAAAUUCGGAAUUACACGACGAGCUUCCAGCUUUAUAUGAUUCCAGAAUACUGUUCCUUGUGACGAAUUUACAAUCUCUUUUUAAUGCCGAACACGUUUUCCACUCAGAAGCAGCUAAGUCGUUUCAGAUUUUUGGUGAACUGGAAGCGGUCGUCGAUAAACUUGCGACUGAUAGUCAAAGGGGAUCGUAUAGUGUAAAAAAGACAAAUGGUUCCAGUUUGCCACGUCCAUCGAGCAAGAAUUCGUCACCUUUAAUCAUCAAUAAUAUUUCUCCAAUAACUUCACCGCACCCCGAAGACCCUACACAAUCCCCAACUAAAAAAGACUCUCCUAAAAGUGAAACUGCGCAACUGUAUCCGGCCGUUCCAACCACUCCCACAAAAACAGAACCAAAUCCUCCAUCUACUCCAGUAGAACCAACAACCCCUGUUACUCCUUCCAAAGUUGUUCCUCCAGAAAUAAACGGUGCGACUACUCCCGAUGGUAAGCCUUCCUCCCCUGAACCCAGCAUUCCUCAAGCUGCUAAUGAGAAAGCCAGUAUUAACAAUGCCCAAACAAACAAUAAAAAAGUCGAGGAACUUUAUGACAUUCCUGUUGGUGCUAGUACUGAUAAUUUGCCACCAGGUGUGUUAUACAGAGUAAAAGCAACAUAUAAAUACAACAGAGAAGAUGUUGAUGAACUUUCAUUUGAUGUUGGAGAGAUAAUUCAAGUAAUAGAAUAUGAUGAUCCAGAAGAACAGGAGGAGGGAUGGUUGAUGGGUAUUAAAGAAACUUCCGGGGAGAAAGGGAUGUUCCCAGCGAAUUUUACGCGACCACUUUAAGCUCCUUGUAAAAUUAAACAGGGAACUCAAUUUGCACAUACACUAACAAAGGACUUCCACGAUAGUCCGUUUAUAUUAAAAUUCAAGUGCCUUAUUGCAUAUUUGUAUGAAACUAUUGUUUUCUUUUAAGUUAUACAUUUAUAUUUUAUACAAUGAA